AUGGGAGCCAGUUGUAAAGAUCAAAAAAAGGCUCUUGCUGUGUGUCUCCAAAGAUCACCUUGUGUGUUAAUAGAGAGAAAUACUCCAAAAGAUUGCUUAACCAAACCAGAACUAAAGAAAGACUUACCUGCUUUGUGUGUAGCCAAUUUCAUGGCUUAUAUGGAAUGUAAGAAUGGAUUCUUUGAUAUGUCAAAAAGAAUGAAAGGUAAUGCACCUUUAUCAACAGGUAAAUAUGAUCAGAUAUACGAAAACUUGUCAACCGGUAAUUUUGAUCCUCACGAAGAGAUGAAGAAAUUAGAGAUGUUGAACAGGAAUUUAUCUGACAGUGUAAAUAGAUGA